AGUGAGCGCAGACGGACGCAGUCGCAGAUACAUGCUAACGAACAAGCAGCAGCAGCAGCUCAAAGUUUGUUCCUGAUGGAGGUCUUACGGCCGCCUCUCAUUAACAUCAAUGGGAGAAUCUACAGAAAAAAUCCAGUGCAGGAGGAAACGUAUGAAGAAGAGGAAGAGGAUUAUUCAUAUUCAGAAGCAGCAGUGGAUCAGUGUCUGGACGAACCCUGCGAUGCUCAUAACAUAGAGCAGACGGACAGAGGUUUCCGCUGCGCUUUAGACGUGCCCAGUGUGCUUUACAAGGUGGUCACAGGUGCACACAGGCCCUCAGUCUCCUCCGCUGUCACACGCAUUGAGGUUUUGAUUGACAGCUUCAGGAGGAAGCAGCCAUUCACUCACUUCCUGUCAUUCGCUCUGAAUCACGCUCAGGUGCGGGAGGGUUUCCUGCGCUUCAGAGAGGAGGUGCUGGAGCACUGCUCACAGGACUCAGGGGUGGACGUGAGUAUUUUCCAGAACCCUGAUAAACUCCAUCUGACCAUCGGCACGCUGGUGCUGCUGAACCAACAGGAAGUGACACGAGCGAACGAGCUACUGCAUCAGUGUCAGGACACCAUCAGAGCAAUAACGGGAGCUGAAGCACUUCCUGUGGAGGUCAGAGGUGUGGAGUAUAUGAAUGAUGACCCGUCGAUGGUGGAUGUGCUGUACGCUAAAGUCAGUGUUCAGGACGGCUCAGACAGGCUUCAGCAGAUCUCAGACAGGCUGGUGGAGUGUUUCGUGUCGGCAGGUCUGAUGGAGCGCGAGCGGGACAGAGUGAAGAUCCACGCCACCGUCAUGAACACACUGUUCCGGAGAGAUCCGUCAGUGGAGGACAGAGGAGCUCCAGCCAGAGCAAACCCUCGAGAUCGAGAAGCUUUCAAUGGCAAAAACAUCUUACAGAUGUUCGGGGACUUUUAUUUUGGAGCGUUUGAGCUGAAUUCAGUUCAGAUUUCACAGAGAUUCUCCACUGACAGCUCAGGAUACUAUUCCUCAGCCGGACACAUCACAUUCUCAUGAUGGGGCAGAUACACACUCACAAAUGCACACACUUUGCUAAUCUGUCAUCAUUGUCAUGCACUGUAAAUAUGAUGAUCAGUGAUAUAAAGAGCAUUUUAAUUGUGC